AUGUUGUUAAUUUAUGGAAUUCAAGGGAUAGAGAUAGAAUGGAGUAUUUCGGAGAAGGAUACUGAUUACGAAAAGAUCAUAAGGGAAGAGAAAUGUGUUCUGUUCAUCAAAAAGUUCUGCCCUUUCAGUAUUAAAGCAAGGGAGCUGCUGUAUAAUAAGGGCAUUUCCUGUAAGAUUAUCCCGGUAGACGGGCGGAUCAAGCCCUACAAUUUCGCGAAGACCUACCAGAGUACAUUCCCUGUCUUCUUCUUCAAUGGAACCUUUAUCGAAGGAGGCUAUCAAAAGCUCAAAGAUCUUUCUAUUCACAAACUUCCCCCAUUUGACCAAUCCCCCCUGUUUACAGAGGGUAGUUAUGAAGCUUCUUUUAGAUCAAAGAUCAAGUAA